GUAUCACUUCAAACUUUACAAUUAACAGUCAUGAGUACAGCUCCAAGUUCAAGCUCAUCUGGGAUCAAGAGAAAACCGAGUGUUAUUAUCACCAUCGGAAUGGCUGGUGCAGGGAAGUCAACUUUUGUUCAGCGCAUCAACUCUUAUCUGCACUCUCUCGAUCCACCAAGCCCUCCCUACAUCCUCAAUCUUGACCCUGCUGUGACUCAAGUGCCUUACGAAGCCAACAUUGACAUCAGAGACACUGUCAACUAUCAAGAAGUUAUGAAGCAGUAUAAUCUGGGACCCAACGGCGGAAUCUUAACAGCUCUCAAUCUAUUCACUACGAAGUUCGAUCAAGUUCUGGGGAUUGUGGAGAAACGCGCGGACACAGUCGAUCACAUCAUUCUUGAUACACCUGGACAAAUUGAAAUCUUCACAUGGUCUGCCUCUGGAGCUAUUAUCACGGAUGCGAUAGCUUCGUCCCUCCCUACAGUCGUGGCCUACAUCGUCGAUACCCCUCGAAGCUCCGCACCGGCGACUUUCAUGUCAAACAUGCUUUACGCAUGCAGUAUAAUGUACAAAACCAAACUCCCUUUCAUCCUUGUAUUUAACAAAACUGAUGUUCAACCACACGAUUUUGCGUUGGAAUGGAUGCAGGACUUUGAAGCGUUUCAAAGUGCCUUGGCUUCCCAUAGUGGAUCACACGACUCUGAAGGAGAGCCCACUUAUAUGAACAGCUUAAUGAAUAGUAUGAGUUUGGUUCUAGACGAGUUCUACAAGCACCUCAAGGCAGUGGGUGUUUCAAGUAUGACUGGUGACGGUGUAAAAGAAUUCUUCGAUGCCGUCGAGGAAUCACGAGAAGUAUAUGAGAAGGAAUACCUUCCGGAACUCGAGCGUUCUCGCGCUGCUCGCGAAAAAACUCUUCAGGAUGUUAAAGAUGACUCUAUGAGCCGGCUGAUGAAAGAUCUUGCUGUAGAUCGCGCGAAGAAUCCUGAUGCAGCAUUACACGAUCGAUGGGCUUCGGAUGAGGAAGACGACGACGACGACGCUGAAAUCAAUAUAAUAGACCGGAGCGAAGAGCCCUGGCCAGGACAGUACAUCGACAUGACACGAGCUCGACGACAGGACGGCGAGCAAAUCAAUUGGCCACGGCCAAGCUGAUCAAGAAAAUCGCAGGUAUGGCAGCAAAGAAAGAAGGGUAAGGACAGGAGUUGCGUCGAGUAAACAAAAAGUGUACAACCCAUAUAGCAUCUAAUCGGUGAAGAACCAUUUCCCGCAUCCACGCUAUGAUGGCCUUGAGUCAGCAGUUCAGUCGCUCAACACCACCAUGCAUGGGAAGUUGCUCUCUCUUUUGUUCGGCCUUGACGACCGAUUGACAGACAGCAGAUAUCAAGUAUCUGAUUCCUCCAUAUCUGCUCCAAGAUUGGUGUGUCAGU